CCGAUGCUCCGGCUCAACGUGGCCCUCGCUUCCGAUCCGGCCGCCAAUCCGGACGCGAAGGAUCUCAAGAACAUUGGCGAGGCGGACGCGGUCGCUGCGGAGUUUGCCCAGCAACAGCUCGCCGCCCUCAACAUGGCCAUCGCCGGGGGGCCUCCGCCACCUCCUCCACCGCCGUCGAUGCGCAAACCAUCACUCAAGGGACCGGAGGGGCUCGUCGGUCCCCUGGCCCUACCCGCCGUCGUCGAACUUCCUCCCCGGUUGCCGAUGUUCGUGUGCGGACCGUGCGGUAUCCGGUUUUCGUCCGCGUCGACGCUGGAAGCCCACCAGACGUACUACUGUUCGCACCGGAAGGAAUCCGACGAUGGUGGUGGUGGUGGUGGUGCCGGCGGAGGAACGGGGUCUUCCGCUGGAACCGCGAGCUCGGGUUCCGGUGGGUCACUCGGUGGUGGUGGCACCAAGAACGCUCACCCGGGAAGUGACGGUUCGGGGGAACCGCCGGCGAAGGCGGCCAAGACGGGCAAGCAGUACGCCUGCUCCCAGUGCUCCUACAGCGCGGACAAGAAGGUGUCCCUGAACCGCCACAUGCGCAUGCACCAGUCCUCUCCGACGCCGUCCUCCGUCAACGGCGAUGACACCGGUCGCCAUCAGCAACACCAUCACCACCAGCAGCAGCAGCAGCAGCAGCUGCAGCUCAUCCAAGCUCAAGCCGUGGCCGCGGCCGCAGCGGUGCUCCACCAGCAGCAGCAGCAGCAACUGCAGCCCCAGCAGGUGGCCCAGGCACAAGCGCCACCACCGCAGGUCGAUCGGUACUGCUCCGAUUGUGAUAUCCGAUUCUCCAGCACCAAAACAUAUCGCGCCCACAAGCAGCACUACUGCAGCUCGCGCCACCGCGAAGGGCAGCAAUCCAACAACUCGACCCCGAAACCGGGCUCGGCGCAGAAGUCAGGCUCCCAGAGUCCACCGGAAGUGCCGAAGACACCACCGGUGGCCGCGGCACAGCAACCGUUCCUGGCGCUGCCCACCAACCCGAUCAUUGUGAUACCGUACUCGCUGAUUCGCGGUGCCAGCGUUAUCCCGGGAUUGCUACCAUCGCUAGCACCCGGGGUCGCCAAUCCGGAGUCGGCCUGUUUCAUCUUUCAAAACGGAACCCUGCAACCGAUCGCGAUGUCACUGGCGUCGCAGGUCGCCCACCAAGCCGGUGCGUCCGGUGCGGGCCACGCUGAGGUGGGACCACCUCAGCGGCCCCCCUCGCAGCAGCACCCGUCGCGCGGAACGACGCCGAGCGUCUCGAACGAAAACAGUUCCCACAGCACGCAGGGAGCUGCGGCCACUCCGGGCGGCCCAGCCUCAUCGACCGGUGAGGUCCUGAAGGCACUCAACAAGCGCGAGAACUCGGCCAACAAGGAAGCUACCUUGACGUCUACGACCACUCCGUUGGAUCUGUCCGUGCGACGGUUUUCCCCGAGCGCCAUCGGAGCGCUCCGGGAGCGCUCGCUCUCGCUGUCGUCGGCCGUCUCCGGUGACCAGCGGAUGGACUACGACAGUCUGAUGGAGGGCAAGGAGAACCUGUCGGUCAGCGGGGACUCGCUCACGCCGGAGCAGAUUGUCUGCGCUCCGUCGCUGCCCGGGAGUCCACCGCUCACGCCGUCCCCGAAGCGGCGCUCCAACAGUCCCCGUGCCCCGGGCCCGGGUCCGAUGGCUUCGAACGCGGCGCUGGCAGCGGCCGCUGCAGCCGCUGCCGCCGGUCACCACGGCGGUCUGGGGCCGGCGGCCACACUGUCCCUGUCGCCGAUGACACUCCAGCAGCAACUGAUGCGGCCGCUGCUGCCCGCGGACAUAGCCCUGCGUCUGUCGGCCGUCGGCAGCGGCGAUCCGUCGGUUUGCAGCCUCAACCUAUCGAUCCUGGCCCCGGGGGCAACGCCACACCCGUUGCUGACCCCGAAGCAGAGUGUCGAGCUGGCGUUACGACUGUCGACCCCGGCGGGUGACGGCAAGCCUCAGCCUCAGGCCCCGCAGAUAUCACCCCUGCUGAACAGCAUCUCCCCGACGGCGGCGUCCGCCGGAGCGUCCGUUCUGCCGUCCGGGGCGGCCCCACAAAUCUUCGUCAAACAGGGUGACUCCAAGUGCAAGGAGUGCAACAUCGUGUUCUGCAAGUACGAGAACUAUCUGGCCCACAAGAAGCACUACUGUUCCGCCCGGAACCAGGACGAUGGCGGCGAGGGGGCCAAGGUUAGCCCACCGAUCUCGCCCCAGACCGGCACGAGUCCUUCGGCGGGCGGUGCACCGGUGGCGACGGUGGCCGGAGGGGGAUCGCGGCCACCGGUCGGGGCCGGUGUCGCCUACCAGCAGCUGAUUUGUGCGGCGUGCGGCAUCAAGUUCACCUCGCUGGACAAUCUGACCGCCCACCAGAUGUACUACUGUCCGAAGCGGAUCGACGUCGGCGGUCCGGUGAGUGUCGCUCCGACCAGUCAGCUCGUUACGGCCAGUCAGCCGCAGCCGCACAAGGAGCGGUGCUCGAAGUGCAAAAGCGUCCACGAACCGGGCCUGCCGUGCACGGUCGCCGGGCACGGUGCCUACAAGUGUCCCAUCUGCGAGGUCAUCAGUCCGAACUCGACCGAAGCCCGACGGCACAUGGAUACGCACGGUGGCGUGAAGGCGUUCCGUUGCACGAUCUGCCGGUACAAGGGCAACACUCUACGUGGCAUGCGUACCCACAUCCGGAUGCACUUCGACAAGAAGACGAGCGAGUUUAACGAGGAGAACUACAUCACCUGCAUCCUGGAGGAGGACGGCAUCGAGAUACCGCCGGCCGGUGCCCAGAAUGCGGCUGCCGUGGCCGCCGCAGCUGCCGCUCUCGCUUCGGCAACCCACAAGUUCCUCGCGCAAGACGGCUCGGCACCGGACGGAGGUGGCCUGCGGACAUCGCCCGUGGCCACCGUACGUCACCACUGCGAGCUGUGUCCGUUUACGACAAGCGAUCGGGUCAAUAUGAUCAAGCAUAUCAAGCAAGUGCAUGGUGGAGGCCGUUCCGUUGGGGCGUUACCACCGUUCGGGGUGGACACGGGAGACCUGUACAACGGGAUCCCUGCUGGCGCGGUAGUGGAACUGGCUGUGAGGCCACCGAUCGCCAGCACCCCCGGACCGGGCAGCAGCAGCAGCAGCCUGAUCAAAACGGAACCGAUCGACGAUCGGUCCCCGUCACCGUCGGGUGGUGGUGACCAAGAAUCGGCCGCCGACAUCAACGUGGACGUCUGCAUGGAGGAUUCGGCAGCAACCCCGGCGGUGGCCACCACUGUCAAAACGGAGGCCAUCGAUCCGCACAUGCCCUCGCUCAACUCGCCGCAGGGGUCACCGUCGCCACCUUCCUCUUUGAAUCUGAAACCGAAAUCUCAAACCCCGACGAUGACGACGACCGGUGACGCAAUCUCGUCCUCGCACGUGUCGCUCCGGCGCUCCGACACGCCGACCCGCGCGAAAACACCGUCCCCGCCGGUGCCGCUGACACUGGAGCAUCUACCGCCGGGGCCAAAGUACUGCGACACGUGUGACAUAACGUUCAACUACGCCAAAACGUACAUUGCGCACAAGAACUUCUACUGCAAGGCGGCCAUUGCCGGUGGCAGUACCGCGACGGCGGCAGCGGCGGCCGGGCAACCCACUUCCGGUGCUGGCCGACGUAGCGCCUCCGUUUCACCGAACGCUGGUGGCAGUGGGGCCACGAGCCCCGCGGUAACGGUCGCGGUGAACCGGGCGACGGAAACUUCCGUCUAA